GUUUAACACAGGCCACUGGGAGAAAAAGAGGAGAUAUUUACCAAAAAAUAGGUUGGAAAUCAGGCACAUUGAGUUGGGUAUCAUUCUGGGGAACAUACCAAAAAAAAACAGCAUGGAAAUAAAUGACGAGGGUUAAUGGAGAAUACACUAGUGGGGAUUAAAUUAUCAUCAGGAAAUAAAAAAAACUAGGAAACUUAGCAACUAAUGAUAAAUGCGAAGAGAAUUAGUCUGCUAUUAUAUGAUAAACAAGAUAAUCUGGCUCAGGAACAGUAUGUCCUAUACAGACGCUCGUUGGCCUGAUCAAUUUGUGGUUUCAAAAGAGGGAAGGGUCACCACUUGGAAUACCUUUUGCAGGAUUCUCACAGCUGGGACUAACCCCACAAACAACUUUUCCUCCAGUUUAUAAGGAGGUAACUCUGUUAAUCUCAAACCAUUCCCAUCCUCAAUCCAAGGAGUCUUCCUGUACUAAAGUGACUAGUCCUUUUAUCCGGUCACAAUUCUUUUGCUGCUCAAUUCCUCCUUGAACGUUUGGAUUGUCAACCAAAAAAAAAAAAAAACCCCUAACCUCAUUCGUCCUAUACGUCCAGAAACACCAAGACUUCAAUAAGUCAUUUUACAGUCACAGAUGGCAUCAUGCAGUUCCAACUCCUCAUGGACAACCAAGCAAAACAAACUGUUCGAAAAGGCCUUGGCUUUAUAUGAUAAGGACACCCAAGACCGCUGGCAAAAGGUAGCCAAUGUUGUUGGAAAAUCUCCAGAAGAAGUAAAAAGGCACUAUGAAAUUCUUGUUGAGGAUGUUAAAAGCAUUGAGCAAGGUCAAGUCCCAUAUCCUUAUAGGUCAACUGGAAACAAUGGCUAAACAUCAAAAUCUGCAAAUGAAGGCUAUAUGCUCAAAUUGCAGUAAUGGAGUUAUAGUAACUAAAUUAUCCUACCAUGUGUAAAGACGGUGAAAGCAGCAUUCUGUGUACACCCAUCAUAAUUAUUCCAAGGAAGUUCUCUUGUGCAAUUUAUCAGUCAAUUUAAGUACAUUUCCAAUUUUCAGUGCAAUUAGCCAAGAAUUAUGUGUAUUCCAUUAUCAGAUGACUAGUAAUUGUGUUCUUAAUUAUUAUGUGUAUACCAUCAUCAAAUGAUCUAUUGUAAUUGUGAUCUUAUUUAUGUAAUGUAAUGUUUGUUAUUCAGUAUUAAUGAAAAUUUUGGGUUUUGCUAUUUUA